AAGGCAACAGGAACGCAGAAUUUCCAGCAGAGAGACGAACGAACAAGCCCAGGGAGAGGUAGGGGUAAUUUUGACCCUUAGAUGAUAAAUACAUGCAAACAAAUUAUAAAAAAGGUAUAAUACACGUUAAAUGGUAGUAUAAUCAAUUAGAACAUAUUUAUAGUCCCUUUUUUACGAAGAAAAUCUUUUGAAUGGCAUUUGUGCGAAGCGCAAUGUUUCGAGUCCCAAAUAUGCAAUUAUCUCCCUGGGCUCUAGCUAUACACGGGAUACUGUCAAACCAGCCCUUAAGAGGGAAUUGAGGGAACCUGCCGACACAAAUGAAAGAUAGAGCAGCGACCACGACUCUAUGAUUGCUUCGGUGCUUCCUCCCCGUUCCGUUCUCCCAAUCGCGGCUAAGUCUCCGCCUCCAGAGACAGAUGUCGGCGGCGACGGAGGUUGCGCCAGUUCAGCAACCGAGCCAUCCGGCGGCGGCGGGGUGGCUCGGCCUCGGUCUGCUCUUCCAGAUCCUGCUCCGGAUCAUCCGCUCCUCCUGGGCGCAGCUUCUCUCCUUCGUGCGCCUGCGCCACCGGCUCCUCCCAGUUACCGCGUCGCCUGAGCUGGCCUUCGUGCAGCUCCCACCCGAGGCGCCUGCUGACGCGUCGCCUCCGCCGCUUCGGCGGCUCAUGGUCGUGCUUGACUUGGAUGAGACUUUAGUUUGCGCGUACGAGUCAUCGAGCCUUCCUUCUACUAUGCGCACACAUGCUGUUGAGGCAGGAUUGCAUCGCUUUGACAUGGAGUGCGUAUUGUCUGAAAAGGAUACUGAGGGAAGGCAGAGGAUAAAUCGUGUAACUGUCUUUGAGCGUCCUGGCUUACAUGAGUUUUUGCAGCGAACUAGCGAAUUUGCUGACCUUGUUCUCUUUACAGCUGGUUUGGAAGGGAAUACAGAGAGCAUGUAAAAGACCUUUCUUGUUUGUCCAAAGAUUUCCAGAGAAUUGUCCUUGUUGACAACAACCCAUACAGUUUCUUACUGCAACCAUUGAAUGGAAUACCAUGCGUUACGUUUUCGGCUGGACAACCUGUUGACGACCAGCUUAUGGGAACGAUGUUUCCGCUUCUCAAGCAUCUCGCUCUCCAAAAAGAUGUGAGGCCUGCAUUGUAUGAAGCAUUUCACAUGCCAGAGUGGUUCCAAAGACAAGGAAUCCCACAAAUUGAACAGGCAGUCUAGGAAUUGCAGCUACCACAUUGGACAAUUGAAAGUCUCAAAAACCUGCUACUGUACAGUAGAACUCUUUUAGCUCUCCCCUACCAGCGUUAUUAAUUCCCUUGACGGAGUCUCAGCAGCACAACCACCGUGGCAUCCUGCUCGUAGCCGCCAGGCGUGGCGGGAGGGCGAGGUUGGAGUCUGCGUGCUGCAUCAAUCCAAGCAGUCGACGCAGACUGGUUCGCAGCACGGCGCAACCCAUUCAUGGCACGUCACUUCCCUAGGAGCUGGACCACUUCAUCUUCAUCCGUGCAUGGCCUUUCAUCAAUGGCAACAACUUCUAUUAGAGGCCGAGUGAAGCACUUCCAGAGCCGAACCAAACGGAUAACGUUUUUAGUUCCUCUGUAGUAGUAACAGUUAGCACUGUUAGUAGCUAGUUGCAUUACCAUUCCCGCACUCCCUCUUGAAACAAACAGCACCAUGGUUGUAGUGCUCCCAACCAUUAUUUAGGUCAAGAACCAGAAAUCCGGUUGAAAACACAGUGCAUCAGAUUAAACGACAAAGGCAAAUCUAUGAAUUCCAUUUUGCUAUACCAUGAGUUGGAUCAACACUGUAGUACAUGGCAACUGUACAGAAAAAAAAAGGAACCACUUUUCUCAUAUUUACAUGCAUGAACCAGCGCAUAUACACGAUCGAUUCACCUUGCAAAACAGGUUUUUCAACGCCAAGUGUUGACCUAAAAAAACCACGAAGCCAAAUCCUACUGCAAAAGGAAACAUGUUGUUUCAGGAGCCAGUAGCUUCAGAAAGUGUUGCCUACUUGUCAGGAACGAGUCUGAUUGGCCGUUGAACUAUAUUUGAACGAAAGCCAUCGGUGUUGCAACGCUUCGCUGGCCGUUGGUCUGUUUCUGGGAUUUAUUUGCAGCAGGUAAGACAAAAAGUCAACAAAUUUCUUGUCUGGGCACUGCAAGUGGCGCCGCAAAGAGGAUUUCUCUGGGAUCAAAUACUCCAACUGAUCUGUCUCCUAUUUUUUAGCAGGAAAUGGAAUGGAAAAAGUAAGUAUCCAGUGAUGAAUGGAAACUGCACAAAGAACAAACAACUAAAAUUCUUAUGCCAAAGAUCUCAUGGUGUGAUGGUGACAACAAACUGUUAGGGUACCUCGUUCCAGUAAUUACCAGUCAUGUGGUUUUCAGGUCAUCAUUCAAAAUCAACACGAACAACAUCACUGAUUUGUUGUCAACUAUAGUGCAUACUGAAACAAAGUUAUGUUGGUAAUCUUGCAUAUAAUCCAAUAAUUACCUCGUUCGUGUGGAAAAGGUCAUAGUCAUCUGUGAAGUACUUCUGGGUCUCCUGUCCUGAUGCAAGCAUUUCCAUAUCAAUUGGACCAAUUAUCCCAAUCAUACGAGCAAGAAUGAUUGGCAUUGAUUCAUUAGGAAAGAGUACCUGUGACAUGUCAAAAGGGUCCAAGUCACAUCUAUGACGUCUUUUAGAAAACAGGAGUACAUAUAGCAAAUACUACUGUCAGUUUCAAGAGACAAUGAUUCCCCGUUAUAUGCAUUCUGAAAUCACAAGCAUUUUCCAGAUGUUUAGCAAUUUAAGCUUUUGAAACCACAGGAAAAUAGCCACCACACAAGGUUCGAAUCGUAAAUUCGCAUUUGGGUACAUAUUUCUUCGUAAUGCAAUGUCACCUAAGGUUCAACCAACAUGUCAAGCACCUACAGAAUUCUGGCAUAUAUACAUCUUCUCUGGAUGAGAUGAGUAACAAAACAAGGUAAAACAACACAAUGAGAAUCUCAAAUGCCAACAGUUAUUUACCACAGUAAAUGCCAACACAAUGUUGGUUCACAUGUUGAAAUUUCAAUAUUAUACCAAACAAAACAGAGAACAGGAAGUCAAGAUAUAUACUUACUUCACCAGUGUACAGUUCAGAUAAGAUGCAGCCAAGAGACCAAAUGUCAAUUUUCUGAUCAUAUGGUAAACCCAAGAUGACCUCAGGAGAUCGCUCUUCAGAAGGAUAUUCUCUGGUUUCAGAUCACAGUGAACUAUGUUUAAAUGAUGCAAGUACACCAAAGCCUCCAAGCAUUGUCGAGCUAUAGCCUGAAAGCAAAGAGAAAACACUCUUACAUUUGUAGCUGCAAAUGCUUUUCUAAUUACUUGAAUUAGAGUUAACUAAUCCAUAUGACAGCAGUAAGGAGUAAUUUGAUCACAAAACAGUUGCAUAUACCUGUAUUCUGGGCAGUGAAAAGUACACCUCGUCACCAGACUCCUGGUUAUAUUUCUGAAACUCAUAAAGAUUUGCCCGUAGUAACUCAGUGACAAUAAAGAGAUGUUCCUGUUGAAUUGUUUCACCA